CCUUCCUCUCCAUCGAUUUUUCCACACCUCCCUCUUCCUCUCCUAUCUCCGUCAUCUAUUCUUUCAACUCUUAUUCACUAUUUCACGCAAAGGGUGAAUAAUUGCGGCGGAGAUCUGUCUAUCUGGGUCCGUCAUUGAUUUGUUGUCGUCCCAAAUUGCAGUUUAUUCGAUUGGGAAGCGAUGCCUAAAUUAAAAAACGAGCCCCCUGCAGUUCGCGUUUAUACAGUUUGUGAUGAAUCAAGGUACCUGAUUGUUAGGAAUGUUCCAUCUUUGGGUUGUGGAGAUGAGCUCUUGAAAUUGUUCUCUACUUAUGGCCCAGUUGCAGAAUGUAAGCCGAUGGAUGCGGAAGAAUGUGAGGCUUAUACCGAUGUUUAUUGGAUCAAAUUUCAUCAACUCAGCAAUGCUAGGUUUGCUAAAAGAAAGUUGGACGAGUCUGUUUUUCUAGGAAACCAAAUACAAGUGACAUAUGCACCCGAGUACGAGAGCCUCUCUGACACAAAAGAUAAGUUAGAAGGACGGAGGAAGGAAGUUCUAGCACGACUUAACCGUAAGUCCAAAGUGACAUACGUUCCUUGUUGUUGCAGAGUUCCUCUUAUGCAUUGCAUUGCUCGAACCUUCCACUUUUCUUCAGCAAGGAGAUCUAAAGGCCCUUUGGAUUGUAGCAGAGAGCCUUCCUCAGCUUCCACUCCUUGGCUUAAGGAGUCAUGUCCCCCAACUUCUUCCUUAUCUCAAAGGAAUUUGGGCGAGCCACGGGUUGGUAUCACAGGACAUGCUUCCUCCAUGCCAUUAGUCUCUACGGAUAAGGAAUAUUUCCCAUCAGAAUCGAUGAAUGAAACGGUUAAGUUGGUUAGGGAGAAACUGAAUAAGAUAGAAUCAUGUUCCGAGCAUGGGGCAUUGGGGUCUUCCAAGAAGGCGCGUGUCGACAAUAGAAGAAGAAUCUAGAUAUACAUAUGUAUUGUAUUUGAAUUUUGAUAGAUAUGGUAAUGUGCAUCGUUCGAGUUUGCUUAUCACAAGCUAA